AUGACAACGUGGGAAACGGAGAAAAGGUGGGUAGUGGACAGUUUGUUUUUGUUAGUUCUGCAAUCAGGCGGGUACUCUUAUUUUUUUUCCCGCUUAACACUCUGCCACAUCAGCUUCCUAAAAUCACUCUAUGGGCAGGAAAAUUUGAAUGGGGGAACCGCCUUCUCCGGCGACCCCGACAGCCUCACCGACUUCAUCGCCCCUCCAAACGCCACCGUCGACGGCUCGUUCUUCACCUUCACCGGCUUCGGCUUCCUGGUCAAUGGGACCCAGCUCCCGGCCGACAAGUUCAAAGUCGUCAAGGCCACCAUGGCCGAGUUCCCUGCCCUCAACUGCCAGAGCGUCUCCUACGCCACGCUCCUCUUCCCCAACGGCACCACCAACCCUCCCCACACCCACCCACGCGCCGCCGAGCUCCUCUUCCUCGUCGACGGCGAGCUCCAGGUCGGGUUCGUCGACACCGCCGGCAAGCUCUACGCUCAGACCCUCCAGGUCGGCGACAUGUUCGUCUUCCCCAAAGGGCUCGUCCACUUCCAGUACAACGCCGGGACGAGCUACGCCAUCGCGCUGUCGGCUUUCGGGAGUGCCAGCGCCGGCACGGUGUCGCUUCCCGGCACGCUGUUCGCCACCGGCAUAGACGACGCCGUCCUGGCUAAGUCGUUCAAGACGGAUGUUGGUGUCAUUCAGAAGCUCAAGGCUGGCCUUGCCGUCAAGCCCUAA